AUGGCUUGCUCAAUGACAUUUCUUUCAUUUAUCAAUGUUUUUGAACACCUUAUUGGAAAUAAUACUAUAAUUGGUGCUUUACUUUGGCUUGCACUAGUUUUGGGGGUGUUCAAGCUCACCAUUGUUUUCCUUUCCUUUGGGUCGUUAUUGGCAUCUUUAACUGUUUUGCCAUCUACAUCAUAUAAGAGAUAUGGCUUAGAUAAGGGUGCGUACGCAUUAAUUACAGGCGCUUCGGAUGGUAUCGGAAAGGAGUUUGCAGUUCAGUUAGCCGAGCGUGGGUUCAAUUUAUUACUUGUUUCUCGUACACUCUCUAAGCUUGAAGCUAUCCAAAAGGAACUCCGUGACCGCUUUGGCAUUGAUGUACGCAUUCUAGCGCUAGAUAUAGCUCGGGAUGACCCUGCAAACUAUUCGGCUGUUCAAGAUCUCUGUGCUGACCUUCCUGUCACCAUUCUCAUUAACAAUGUUGGGCAGUCACAUUCUAUUCCUGUCCCAUUCCUAGAAACCACCGAGCAGGAAUUGCGUAACAUAAUUACUAUAAACACCACUGCAACACUCCUAAUUACAAAAAUGGUCGCUCCUAAACUUGUUCACAAUGCUCGCAGCCUAGGCUGCCACGGUCUCAUUCUUACUAUGGGAUCUUUUGCCGGUCUCGUUCCAUCGCCUUUGCUUGCUGUAUACUCUGGUUCUAAGGCUUUUCUCCAAAAUUGGUCUAGCGCAUUGGCAACUGAGCUUGCAAGUGAUAAUGUUGAUGUACAGCUUGUUGUUUCCUAUUUAGUUACAUCUGCAAUGUCAAAGAUCCGCCGCACUUCAGCUUUGAUUCCAAAUCCGCGGCAAUUUGUUUCCAGCACACUCUCAAAUGUGGGAAGGCGUGUUGGAGCUCAAGAAAGAUUUGCUACUAUUACUCCAUACUGGUCCCAUGCACUCUACCAUUUUGCAAUUGUUAGCGUGCUUGGCGCAUACUCAAAGCUUGUUUCUACUAUAAACUAUAAAGGCCAUUUAGACGUGCGUAAAAGAGCACUUCGUAAGGCUGCCUUAGCAAAAAAGGAUUGA